CACAACAUUUUGACAGAAAAGGAACCACAGGAAUUUCAACCUGGCUGCUACCAGAAAUACUGGAAACCCAGGCUGAGCCCAGAUUUCCAAAUGAAAGAUGCUUACCUGCAGUGGAAGAACUUCUAGAAGGCUACCUAUUAAAUAAGUCAAAUUACACGAUGAUUGAAGAUAAUAAAGAGAAUGAAGACCAUGCAUCUGAAAGAGGAAGAACAGCCAUAAUUUUUUCCUUGAAGAAUGAAGUUGGAGGACUUGUAAAAGCAUUAAAACUCUUUCAGGAGAAGCAUGUAAAUCUGGUACACAUUGAGUCACGGAAGUCCAAGAGACGAAAUUCUGAGUUUGAGGUCUUUGUGGACUGUGACAGUAACAGGGAACAGCUGAAUGAGAUUUUCCAGCUCCUGAACUCCCAUGUCAACAUUGUCUCUAUGAACUCAACAGAGCAUUUCAAUGGCCAGGAUGAUGACAUGGAGAAUGUUCCCUGGUUUCCAAAGAAGAUCUCAGAUUUGGAUAAGUGUGCAAACAGAGUGCUGAUGUACGGGUCCGAUUUGGAUGCUGACCAUCCAGGUUUCAAAGACAAUGUCUAUCGCAAGAGGCGAAAGUAUUUUGCAGACCUGGCUAUGAGCUACAAAUAUGGUGACCCAAUUCCCAAGAUUGAAUUCACUGAGGAGGAGAUCAAGACUUGGGGAACUGUGUACCGAGAGCUUAACAAACUUUACCCAACUCAUGCCUGCAGAGAGUACCUUAAAAACUUACCCUUGCUCACCAAAUACUGUGGGUACAGGGAAGACAAUAUCCCCCAGCUGGAAGAUGUCUCCCGCUUCCUGAAAGAGCGCACAGGUUUCACCAUUCGCCCUGUUGCUGGAUAUUUAUCGCCCAGAGACUUCUUGGCAGGAUUAGCAUUCAGAGUUUUUCACUGCACUCAGUAUGUUAGACACAGCUCGGACCCCCUCUAUACACCAGAGCCUGAUACCUGCCAUGAGCUCCUAGGCCAUGUCCCUCUUUUGGCUGAACCCAGUUUUGCUCAGUUCUCCCAGGAAAUUGGUCUUGCAUCACUGGGGGCAUCAGAUGAGGCUGUGCAAAAACUGGCAACGUGCUACUUCUUCACUGUAGAGUUUGGCUUGUGCAAGCAAGAGGGACAGCUACGAGUUUAUGGGGCUGGCUUGCUCUCUUCAAUUAGUGAGCUCAAGCACUCGCUCUCUGGCAGUGCCAAAGUCAAGCCUUUUGAUCCAAAGAUCACCUGCAAGCAAGAAUGCCUCAUUACAACUUUCCAGGAGGUUUACUUUGUUUCUGAAACUUUUGAAGAAGCAAAGGAAAAGAUGAGAGAGUUUGCAAAAACCAUCAAACGUCCAUUUGGUGUGAAGUACAAUCCAUAUACUCAAAGUGUGCAAAUCUUGAAAGACAUGAAGAGCAUUGCCAGUGUGGUGAAUGAGCUACGUCAUGAGCUGGACAUUGUCAGUGAUGCCCUCAGCAAGAUGGGCAAGCAGCUGGAAGUUUAACACCCCUGUCAGCAGUGUGGUGCACUUGGCAACUCUUUUCUUUCCCUAUUGAUUUCUUUCUAGGCAUGUGAUGUGUUGUGUGCAGAACUCUCUCCUUUACAACUAGAAGAGUGAAUGGCCCAUAAGGAUAAUCACUCUUAUCUUGUUUGUCUGUGUAAAGUCUCUUACAGAAUAUAUUCCUCCAUCCCCCUUGGAUAAAAAAGGCCCAGAGUUGCCUUUGAGAAGCUAGUGGGGGAGUAGAGAAAUUGCUACUCUGGAGCAAAAGUGUGGUCUGUGGAUCAGAGCUGGGAUCAGAUGCUGCAGAAGGUGGCUUAUAAGGCAAUAAUGGAAUAAUUAACCAGAGGAAAAUGUCUGUUUCUUACUGUAGUAGCCUACACUACUAAUUUUAUGAGAUUGCUAUAGGCUCAGAUAGUCGGGAUUUUUCUUGUUGUUCUUGAUACUGCACCUGAGGGAAGACCUUUCCUUAAAGUAAUAGCUUUUACUUUUUUCCCCUGAUUGAAUUACUUUAGCAAAAAAAUACAUCAAGCCAUCAGGCACUGACUUAGCACAGAGACUAAAACAAUUUUCAAAUUACACUUUAAUAUUCAAAUUCAUUUAAUUGGUUCUUAAAUAAUACUGGAGUUUAAAAUAACAGCCAACAUUCACAGGCUUUUUGUAAGAUGAAUUAUCCUAUUGAUUGCUUGGUCACUUCAUGGACCUGCACAAGCUGCACAAAGAUACAUUUUGUUUCUUCUUUACUAGGCCUGAAUACCUUUGUUUCCUACCAAACAUAACUGAAAGGCCCAAGCAUUUCAUAGCAAUUUUGUGGUUAUGAAUGCAACAAACUACCUUGUAGCAUAAAGUAUAUCCAAUUCCAAAAAGCACUUUACAAGUGGUAGGAAACGGUGUCCUGCUGAAUUGACUGUAUCACAUAGUACCAAACUUUUCAGCGCUCCACACUUUGAAGCAUCCUCCAUAGCUGUUCAAAGCUGUGCUGGCUGCUCUUUUUGUUGACUCUGUCAAUGAAAUGAAUGUGAAAUGAAUGUAUGUACAGGAUAUGAGACAUUUGAAUGGAACAUCUGUGAUGUGCAGGGUGUAUUUAUUAGCACACUAGGGGCUGAAUCUUUGUAGGUAGAGCUUAUCAGGAAAUCCAGAAUCUGCAGCUGUGAAUGCCAUCGGAAAAAUGGACCGAAAUCUUAAAUAUGCUGGAGAUGCUAGUUCUGGAGUUUGAGAACUGGAGAGGACUUCAUGAACCUCUUUGCUUGAAAAUGAGUUUGUUUCAUAUGUUUCCUAGUACGCCACAUCCGCUCCAUAAGCGAUUGCUGGCCCAUUCUUUCCAAAUAUUCGCUGUUAAAGUCAAGUCUAAGUCAUUUUUUUCUGUGACUAUUAACCCACCGUAAGUUUUUUUUCAAGAGCAUUUAAGACAUAGAAAUAAGGUCUGUAACCUUUAUGGCUUACAUUACACUUUAAAAUAGGUUUUAGGAACUCUGUCUUUCUAAAGAAGAGACAUUCUUCUAAGUGAGUAGUAAGAGAGCAUCUAUUUUGUCUGCUUCUGUGAUAACAGUUAAUAUUUAGCUGCAUUUUUAAAAACAUUGGAAUGACAAUGUUGAAAUAUGCAUAGAUCAGUGUUACUUCAAAUCUUUGAGCUAUAUACACAUUUCAAGUAGGAGAUUGUUAUACUUUCAAGUAAUCUGGAAAAGCAGCAAUUGUAUCUUUAUUUGCUCUUGUGUUAGCAAAAAAAUUAAGCACACUGCUCGAAGUGAUACAGAGAAUAUGUAUUUUCAUGGCAUUAAAACCUUUCACGCAUCCAGACCUUUUGGCGAUGUAGAAGAGUAAUUUGAACAUUCUAAACUACUGUGGAGGCUUUACAUGUCAAUGAAUAAAAAAAUAACUUGGUUAAUUGUUACCAGCACAACCCCCUUCACUUCAGCACUGCAGCAAUAAACAUG